UUCACAAAAUAUGUUUAAAACCAUCACAUAAACACUUUCAAAAUAUCUAAAAGGUUUUAAACUCAAACACGAAGGAUUAAGGGAAUUUUGGAAAAAUCAGAACAGAGUCACGGUACCUCUAGCGGUACGCCACACGGUAGGGUAUACCGCCUACACGGUACCCCCAUACCGUGUAACGGUACCUAGGUACCGACGGUAUGUUAAUUAAAUACGAAUCACCAAUCCCUAGGUAUUUAAAUACCCAUAUGCUGCAUGCCUCACCAUUCUCGUUUGAUCUCUCCCUUGCGAUCACAUGACACACACACGGCGCAGAUUCAAGAAGAAGAAGAAGACGGUCGCUACCGUCGCCCUUCAUCGACAAGCCUCUCGUUCACCCGUAGCUAACUCGGAGACUGCACCAGGACCUGCCACCACUGACGGUAAGUUGGUACUGCCAAGCGAUACCAUGCUUGAGUCACAGGCUAUGCAGUACUGCCUAUACUACAGGAUGGGUGACAGUCGUUAUAGGUGAUUACCAUCCAACGGUAGCCAACUACCAUUUGACGGUACGUCGGUACCGCUACCGUCUGACAGGUUUGGGCUAUUUAGGUAGUCCCUUCCAUUGUGUUGUGUAUGUACAUUAAGACAUGUAUGUUUGUAUGACACUAAGUGGGUGGAUAUUUGCAUCCGACGCUAGCCCGCUAUAUGCUUGUAUGUGUUAAUCCAAUGCUUUAUAAAUCAAUAAUAUCUUAGGUUGAUCCAUCCUUAAAUCCUACGGCAAGAACGAGCCGAUCCAACACGCAAUAAAGGUUAACUAAUGUU